AUGGCCAGCAGGUUUUAUCUCCCUCAGACUUCUCCAUCCACUCUCUUGUUCUUCCUUCUCCCUUUGCUCUUGCUCCACCACUUUCCCAGCAUGGUGGAAGGCGAUUGUUGGCUUAUUGAAGGAGACAAAGGCUACGUGUGGCUGGCCAUUUGCAGUCAGAACCAACCUCCAUACGAGACAAUCCCACAGCAUAUCAACAAUACAGUGCAUGACUUACGUCUGAAUGAGAACAAGCUCAAGGCUAUCAUGUUUGCCUCACUGAGCCGCUUCACCAACUUGACAGACCUCAAUCUCACAAAGAAUGAGAUUUCCUAUAUUGAAGAUGGUGCCUUUGCUGGGCAGGCCAAUCUUCAGGUUUUGCAACUCGGCUACAACAAGCUGACCAAUCUCACUGAGGGAAUGUUGCGGGGCCUUGGUCGAAUGCAGUGCCUCUUUCUGCAGCACAAUCUCAUCGAGGUCAUUGCCACUAAUGCCUUCUGGGAGUGUCCAAGUCUCAGCAGUCUGGAUCUAUCCUCCAAUAAGCUGGCAAAGCUGGAUCCCUCCACCUUCUCUGUUUUGGGACGGCUUAUGGUAUGUGAGCUGGCAGGGAAUCCCUUCCAUUGUGGCUGUGAGCUGUAUAGCUUUCUUACUUGGUUGCAGGACUUCAACAAUGUCACCCACACCUAUGACAGGCUACAGUGUGAGACUCCCCGGGAGCUCUUUGGCUACCCUCUGCUAAGUCCAGUCACCAACCAUGGACGCAAUGCUCGCUCGAUCCUGUCAUCCAUGUGCAAGGAUGGGGUUAUUGUACCAGACAUGACCUCCCUGCCUCCUGACCUGGAUGCUUCAGGCUUGGGAUUAGACAUCUCAGAGAAGAUGGGACCUUACCACGAGCCUACUGCUUCAUCUACCACCAACCCCACCUCCAUCCCAACUAUCAAAGUACAGACUUUAUCACUCCACUCAGCCUCCCUAUUGGUGCAGAUCCCUCGGCCCUUCAGCAAAAUGUACAUUCUGGUGCAGUACAACCACACCUACGUAUCUGAUGUUAUGAACCUGAAGAAAAAGAAGGAGCUCAUCACCCUUAACAACCUAAAACCCAAUACAAACUACACUUUCUGUGUUGCUUCUAUUCGCAACUCGCAGAGGUACAAUCACACAUGCAUGCAUUUUGCCACUCGUGCAGCUGGGCCGAAUGAUAUGCCGCCUAACCCCUCUACCACCACCCAUUACAUUAUGACCAUUCUGGGCUGCCUGUUCGGAAUGGUCAUUGUGUUGGGUUUGGUGUACUACUGCCUCCGCAGGCGGCGUAUGCAGGAGGAGAAAGAGAAAUCCAUCAGCGUCAAGAAAACCAUCUUGGAAAUGAGAUACGGUCCAGAGGCAGCGGCUGCCGCAGCCAAUGACCCUUCAGCCUUACAGAAGCUGCAUGAACAAGGCCAUCAUCAGCACCACCAUGGCAAAAUGCCACCCUCCACUUCCUCCAGCUUAGGCAUGCUUCAUAGCUCAGCCAACACCAGUUCAUCACGGCUAUCCUCCCUGCCUCAAGUGGAAAAGAUGGCUACUGCCUUCUCAGAGGCUAUGGCCACUAGUAAGGGUAACUAUAUGGAUGUGAGGACAUCAGCAGGUGGGGAGGAGCGAAUCAGGGAUGGAGGAGUAGUAGGGGUGGGAGAGGAAGUCAUGAGGGAGGGGGGUGGGAUGGACGUGGGUGAGGACUCUGAUGAUGAUGGCCGGGGCUCAACUUCAGAGAUCUCCACCAUUGCAAAGGAGGUAGACAAAGUCAACCAGAUCAUCAACAACUGUAUUGAUGCACUUAAAUUGGAUUCUGUAGCAGUUGCAGCUGCAGCAGCAGCAGCUGCUACCACAGCAGACAACUCUGCCUCUCCACCUCCUUCCUGUGUCACGUCACUGGCUCGGGGGCUCAUUCCCCUUUCUCCAACAAUCACAGAGACAUGUCAGAUGCUUGCCUCUCCUAAAAUCCCCCCUCCACCUGCCAUUCCCCUGGUCCUGCCACUAUCUGAGAGACCAGGAAUUAGUGGAGGGGGCUUUCUGUCCCCUCCAUAUAGGGACCCACCACCUGCAACAGCUGUGCGCCCCUUGCAGAGGCAGCUGAGUGCUGAUGCUGCGGUUGUUGUUCCCAGCUCUGUCAAGAAUCGGUGCAGUGUCUCCUCUGGGGGAUCUGUCAAGAGUGCUCGCGUUUUCAGUCUUGACGUCCCUGAGCCUUGCAGCCCGGAUGCCUGCAAGUACCCAGAGAAAGGCAGUCCCCUGGGGUGUGGGGAACCUCUGGACAGGCUUCCUCUGGUGGGUGUUCAGGGAAGUGGUGGUGGCGGGGGAGGAGGUGGCAACGGGGGAGGAGGGGGUGGCGGUGGUGGCAGUGGUGGUGGGGGUGGAUGUGGUGGUGUAAGUGGUGGAGGUGGGGGCACAGCGCAACAACACCACCUAGAGGUGCACCCAGAUUACCACUGCUCAGAGCACCGACACUCCUUCCCUGCCCUCUACUAUGAGGGUGCCAUCGACUCCCCUGCCCAGAAGCCCUCCUUCCUCAAGCCCCUCUCACGCACCAAGAGGGACGCUGCCUAUUCCCAGCUCUCACCACGCCAUCACAACUACUCGGGAUACUCCUCCAGUCCCGAGUACUCAUCAGAGAGCACUCUAAAGAUCUGGGAGCGUUUCCGCCCGUACAAGAAGAGUCCUAGGGAGGAGGCAUCCUACAUUGCAGCCGGUCAUGCCCUCCGAAAGAAAGUCCAGUUUGCUAAGGAUGAGGAUCUGCAUGACAUCCUUGACUACUGGAAGGGGGUGUCGGCGCAGCAAAAACUGUGA